AUGUCCAAAACUAUAUGUCCAAGUCCAAAAGUUACUAUGUUCAUAUUUUGCCAGUUGAAUUUUUUUUUGCCUAAUUUCGUGGAAGUUGAAGUCGCCGUUAUUGGAGUCGUUGUUACUGGUGACGGUUUCGUAUCAUGUCGCCAUUAUAGGUGUUUACUACGUCGUUGGUGUCGAUUUUGUGCCGUCUGUUUUGGUGCCGUAGUUAUAGGUGGGUUUUGCCGUUCAUUGGGUUGUCUUUGGGUGUUUUACUAUGUCAUUGGUGUCGAUUCUGCACCAUCUGUUUUAGUAACGCUGUUAUUGGUGGUUUCGCCGUUCGUUGGAUUGUCUGUGUCGCCUGAUUUGUUUCAGAUUUCACAUGUCUGUUUUGGUGCUGUCAUGAUCGCUAGUGUCUUAUUGCGUCGUUGGUAUCGAUUUCAUGCUGCUUAUUUUGAUGCUACCAUUAUAGGUGAAUUUCGCCGUUUUAAGUUAGAUAGUUAG